AGUGAGUGCGGAAGUCUAUCGCCCGAUUUUCCCACAUGGUGAAAAUGGCUGCGAAUGGGGAAAAACAACAGGGACACAGACCCGGCAUAUUUAAACAGAAAAACAAAGGCCACAAACAUGGCAAGCACCGGACGAAAGGUGAAAUUGAGAGGGAAAACAAAGGGAGAGUGUCUGUAACCGCCCUCACCAAAAAACAAAGGAAGGAGCACAAGAAGAUGGACAGAAGGCACAAGGCCAACCAGCUCCGCAGGAAUAAGAAAGACAUGGUCCUGACAGAAAAGCGACGUCUUGGCAGCAGGGAUGGUCCUCCUCAUUUGGUCGUUGUGCUGUCCCUCCACGCUGCCGUCGAUGCUGCUGUUGUCACCAAACUGCUGCGAGGGGAGGGCGCUGGGGGCGUGGUACAUCAGGAGCGCUGCAUCAGUGGCAUCAGUGACAGUUUUGGGAUGAUUUUACCCCGGUUUAAACAAAGAUUCCACUUUCUCAGCCAAAGCACAGCUGACAUGCACUCCCUGCUGGAUGUGGCCAAGAUCGCAGAUAGCCUUGUGUUUGUGCUGGACUCCACUGAAGGUUGGGACAGCUAUGGAGACCACUGUCUGUCCUGUCUCUUUGCCCAGGGCCUCCCCAGCCAUGCGCUGGUGUGUCAGGGUGUGUCUGACCUCCCUGUGAAGAAGAGGGUCGAGUCCAGGCGAGCUCUGUCAAAGAUCACAGAGAUCCGGUUUCCCGACACUCGCCUCUUCCCUCUGGAUUCAGAGCAGGAUGCCACUCUACUUCUCAGACACCUGGGCACGCAGAGACAGAGAAAGCUGGGUUUCCGCUCGAGGCGUUCACAUCUUCUGGCUCAGCAUGUCACUUUUACGCCCAACAGCCCCGCUGACGGGACGGGCGGAGGACCCACCGGCCUUGGAACCCUCUGUGUCUCUGGAUAUGUCCGGGGCCGACCUCUGAGGGUCGACAGAUUAGUGCACAUCAGUGGACACGGAGACUUUCAGCUCAGUCAGGUCGAUGCUCCAUCAGACCCGCUUCCCUUACAUUUAACAGCAGCCAGACCAGCAAAGCCUGGCAAGGAGGGAGAAGUUGACAUGCUGGAUGGAGUUGAAGAUGAAGCCCCAGUGAGGGUUCUUAUGAAAGCUGAUCCAUCCCGCAGGGAGAGUCUGCAGAUGGAGGCUGAGGUUGACCCCAUGGACGGAGAGCAGACGUGGCCGACGGAAACAGAGCUGCUGGAAGCUGAAGAGGUCAGGAAGAACAAACGUGUAAUGAGGGUCCCUAAAGGAACAUCAGACUACCAGGCGGCGUGGAUCGUCGAUGAGGACGAGGAGGAGAAUGGGGAGCUGGACGAGGAAAGCAGUGAAGAUGACGAUGACAAUGACGACAUGUUGGACGAGGCCAUGGAUGGAGACGAUGAAGAGAAUAACUCUCAGGAUGCAGGAUCAGGCUCUGAAGAUGAACAAGAUGAAGAGGAUGAGGAGGAGGAGGAAGAGGUCUGCUCCACAGAGCGAACUGGGGCCGAUCAGCGCUACGAUGAACACAUUGAUGAAGCUGCCGAGGUAGAAGGCCUUAAACGCUACCGCGAGGCUCGAGCCAAUGAAAUGUUUCCCGAUGAGGUGGACACUCCCCUUGAUGUUGCAGCUAGAAUAAGAUUUCAGCGCUAUAGAGGCCUGAAAAGUUUCCGCUCCUCGCCGUGGGACCGCAUGGAGAACUUGCCUCUCAACUACUCUCGCAUCUUCCAGUUCCAGAGCUUUGAGCGCACUCGUCACCGCAUUUUGGCCGAGGCAGCAGCUGAAGAAGAGGGUGCCAUGGUGGGCUGGUAUGUGACGCUGCACAUCAUUGAUGUGCCUUCUUCUGUGAUGGAGAGCAUCCAGUCAGGCCGACCUCUGAUGUUGGUGUCUCUGUUGCCCCAUGAACAGAAGAUGUCAGUGAUGCAUCUCUUGGUGAGGAGACACCCGAGCAAUACAGAGCCGAUCAAAUCUAAAGAGGAGCUGGUGUUCCACUGUGGGUUUCGGAGGUUCAGGGCAUCUCCCAUCUUCUCUCAGCACACCUCAGCUGACAAACACAAGAUGGAGCGCUUCCUCAGGCAAGAUUCCCCCACCGUGGUGUCGGUGUACGCUCCCAUCGUCUUCCCGCCGGCAGGAAUCCUGCUCUUCAAACAAAGGAAUGAUGGCAUCCAGGACCUGGUGGCUACAGGCAGUCUGCUCAGCUGUGACCCUCAGCGUGUCGUGCUGAAGAGGAUAGUACUGAGUGGACACCCGUUCAAAAUUAACCGGCGCUCUGCGGUUUCCCGUUACAUGUUCUUUAACAGGGAUGACAUCAUGUGGUUCAAGCCAGUGGAGCUGAGAACAAAGUGGGGUCGGAGAGGCCACAUCAAGGAGGCUUUAGGAACACACGGUCACAUGAAGUGUGUAUUUGAUAACCAGCUGCGCUCUCAAGACACAAUCAUGAUGAAUUUGUACAAGAGGGUGUAUCCUCGCUGGACAUAUGACCCCUACGUACCUUUGCCAUUACCAUGGGUGAAGAGCGAGUUCACCGUGGAGAUGGACGACUUGGACAUGGAGUAGGAAAGAGUAACUACUCUUAAAAUGCAAUAAACAUGCAAGAACUGAACCACAGUUCAAACUUUAAAUCAGUGUGAUCGCAUGACAAUGUCAAAAAAAGUGUUAGACUUACUAAUAAAAACAAUUGUGAUCAAAAGUA